UUUUACGCUGCAGUUUCAAUAAAACUGAAAAACAGAGACACAAUUCCAAAGAAUAGAGAAGAACAAAAUCAAUGAACGCAAUUGUGCGUCAAUCUCUCUCGAAUUAUUUUGGAGAGAGUAACUUGGAGGACCCAGAAAAGGAAGAAGAAAUGGCGAAGAAAGGCAUAAAAAGAGAAGGUGGUGGCGAGAUUAAUGACCUGUUUAAGAGAGUUCAGUGCAUGACGCUUCAAGAGUGUGCAACAAUCAAAAGAGGUGAAGAGAUCUCCUGUGAAAAAUAUGAUCUGUGGAGGCAAAAGCAGAAGACAAUAGCAGCUAGGUUAGAGAAACAGCUGAAUUCAAGGUGGGAACUUCAGGAGCUAAUUGAAGAACAAUUGAACAGGUUUCAUUCCCACUACAACCAUGUCAUGGUCCCAAUCCAACUCAAGGAUGUAUCUGAGCUCCUCAUGCCAAGAUGGACUCCACCUCAUGAGUUGGCUGCACUGUCUUGGCUAGGUGAUUGGAGGCCAUCUUCCAUUCUUGAACUUAUCCGCAGCAUAAUCUGCCCAUCAUCCUCAAUUUCGUCAUCAUCUUCUUCCCAAUCAACCUCAGCUGGGAUAGAACGACUCUUAUCACAGGUGAUACAUGAAGCACGAAUUGAGGAGGCAAUAAUUGAUGAGGAAAUGUCUGAGAUUCAAGCCACUUGUAUCCUCCACCUCCCUUUUGCUUCAUUGAACAAGAAGCAAUCAGGUGGCUCUGCCUUGGGUUUCAUUAAGGAAGAACUCAAGAAGAUUGAUCGGGUUAUCAAUAAGGCACAACAACUCAGAUACAAGACAUUGGAAUUGGCUGUGAAGAAGGUCUUGAGCCAAACUGACGCAGCGAAGUUCUUAGUGGCAUUUGCUGAAACUCAAGAUACUAUCCACCAAGUUGCUGAGCAGUUGAAAUUGCGAAAGGUUUUGGUAACUCUGCCUCCCAAGGCCUCAGGAUCUAAGCUAAAAGCAAAAGAUCUUGGGACUCACUUGUCAAACCAGAAUCAGUCAAUUGAAUAAUACACAAAUAUUCCUGAUAAAAGUUGAGUAGUUGUCCAGGCUGGUAAGUGUUCAUCACACGAUUUUGACAUUUUACUCUGUUGUGUUGUUUCAUCUCUGUCAUGGGUUAUGCAAUCGUACAAAUAUGUUUACACAUUGGAUUCUGGAACAUACCAUUAGUUCAAAAAAUAGUAAAGAUGUCAAAGACUAAGAAAAGA